CCGACUGAGCCAGCCAGGCCCCCUAUUUCACGAAGAACAGGUGAACAGAGAGCUCCAAGAUAAAGCCGGGGCACCUCGAUCGAGGGUUCCACUCUCUCUCACUCUCCGUUCCACCGCCGCCGAUCUCACCUCCGGCAACGGGAGGCGGUGCCCUCCUCCUCCUCGUCCUCGUCCCCGCCUUCUUCUGGUUCUGGACUGGCGUGGAGUGGAGGCUCCUGGAUCGGUCCCUGCUCUUGUUGGGUUGGCAACAGGCUGCUGGAUUAUGGACCGACAAGGCAGGGAUGACCAUGAAGGGGUGAAUGUUGUUGGAUUUGAAGUCCCAGCAUCGCCGGAUGCUAGCUACAACAACCCAGUUCCUGGAAAUGAAGAUGAAGCUCGGGAGCCCCCACUGGUUCCUCCUCAUCUUCAGCAUACAUUGCUGAGCUUCCCGCCAAGUCAAGAUGACUCGAGCAGCCUUCCUCCACCCCAAAUCGUGGUGCUCAACCAUCUUUACAUAGAGAAAGAGAACACAAGAUCCGUUGUUGCCCUGGGGAUUACUCAUCGAUUCAGGGCAAAAUUCGUGACAGUUGUGCUUUACAAGCCAGUGCAGAGGCGAUAGGGUGUGAUUGAUGUGUGUACCUUGUUCCUGCUUCCAAUUUCGCUGCGUGGGAAUGGUAAUUAAACACUCUUGGGUUCUGACCCAGCAAACCAAUAGAACCUCCUGUUGUAGUAGCCGUGCCGGUUCUGCAGAAACAGAAGAACCCCCAAUUGUUGUGGUCAUGCAGAAACAGUGGCUAAACCUAGGCUGUCGAUUGUUUCCGAAUGAUUUGGACCUGUACUUAAUUGGCUGUUAUUGGGAUGAUGAUGGUCCGGUUGGAUGGUAGUUAUGGUCUGUGCAGCUUAACUCUUCUGUGUUCUUGACGGAUGGUGAGAAGCUACUUAGUAAUGUAUGUGUUUGACUGUGA